AUGUCAUCAAUUCUCCGCCAGAUUGUCGCAGGUCCAAGACAACAACAUCCAGAAGCAGGGCUAGAUCUCUGCUACGUGGCAGACAAUGUCAUCGCAACCUCCGGCCCAUCAGCAACAUAUCCACAGCGCGCCUACCGCAACCCACUAGACGCACUCGUCAACUUCCUCGACACCAAACAUGGCGCAAAUUGGUGCAUUUGGGAAUUCCGCGCCGAAGGCACAGGAUACCCAGACUCAGAAGUCUACGGACGCAUCCACCACUUCCCCUGGCCCGACCACCACCCCCGCCAUUCGCACGAAAAAGAAUCACUUGACACGGACACCGAUAAAAACGAACGCGUCGCUGUCGUGCAUUGCAAAGCAGGCAAAGGACGCAGCGGGACGAUCGCGUGCGCAUACCUGAUCAGCCAGGAGGGGUGGAAAAAGGAAGACGCGCUGCAGCGGUUUACGGAUCGGCGCAUGCGGGUCGGCUUCGGAGACGGCGUUAGCAUCCCCAGCCAGCUGCGGUAUAUCGGAUAUAUCGAUAAAUGGGCGAACGAGAUGGGGAAGCAAUAUGUCGAGCGACCGGUGGAGAUCCUGGAAGUUCAUAUCUGGGGAUUGAGGGAUGGGGUCAAAGUUGCGGUGGAGGGGUAUGUGGAUGAGGGAAAGAAGAUUGAAUGUUUUCAUCUGUUUAAUCGGAAUGAGCGUACCAUCAUCGAAGACGGGGGCUCGACGUCUGAGGAACAAGACGCUAGCAAGGGGAGCGACAUCACCAAGCCGAAUCCCAACUCCAACCUCGAUAUCAAAAACCCACUCCCUUCAUCUGCGACAUGGUCCCCGGCGGUAUCGAGAUCUGAAGUCUCCGGCUCAUCGUCCGCACCGGCCCACAGUGUCUCGGCAAUGAUCUUCAAACCCAACAAACCAGUGAUUGUCCCCAGCUCGGAUGUGAAUAUCGACUUCGAGCGCCGCAGCAAAGCAUCCUACACGGGCUUCGCGAUGGUAACCUCCAUCGCACACGUCUGGUUCAAUCCCUACUUCGAAGGCGGAGCCGAGCACGACUCGGGCGUCUUCGAGACCCAAUGGGACGCGAUGGAUGGGAUCAAGGGGAGCGCGAGGAAGGGAAUCCGGGCGUUAGACAAGCUGAAGGUUGUAUGGCGGUAUCCUGCGGCGGAGACUGUGGAAGCCAGUGCAGCUAGCAAGAUCAAAGGGAAAGGGAGGAAGAGCGAGGAUAUCACGCCGGCAGGGGGCAGACCGAUCAGUGAGCCCAAACCCGGCGAUUCCAUCCAUGAAAGCGAGCCGCCUGACUGGCGGGGACUGCAGGAAGAUAAGAAGGAGAAUCAGCGUCCUUCUGAGACUUCGUCGCAGAAAAGUACUGCUACGAGUCUCUCGGACAAGACUAAAGAGCUGGGACAUGCGAUAGAGAAGGAACUUGGACUGCGGAAGCAGACGGGUGGUAGUCGGGAUGGUAGUCUUGCUGGGAGUGAUGAUGAGACUACUACCGAUAAUGAGGGCCGGAAGGUCAAAGUUAAGAAGGUGCAUAGUGAAGGGCUUUAG